UAUAGGGGAACACCAUUCUAUUGAAAUCUAAGAAACUAGUUGAAAAAUACUAAGAACAAUACUAUUAGAAUCAGCGAGUCGAGCCGCACCCAACGACACCGCGAUGGCAGCGAUGCAGGGAGUGCAGCGCGAAGGAGAUGGGGGCGGCCAGCCAGACGCGGUACCAGCGCGCCUGGCCAGCAACAGACCCAACAAAGGAAGGGAGGAAGGGGACCACCCUAACCAGAGAAAGGAGAUGCAGGGAAGGACAGUGAAGGAGAUCUUAAGAGUACUAACAGAACAACAGAGGAAGGGAGCAGAAGGACUCAACACAGUCACCACUGUCCAGGGCGCGACGCAGGUCGCCCGCGACCUCCUGGCAGCUCUCAGCCAGGUAGAAAAAAU